AUGCAAUCGCAGAUAAUUCCUACUAACAGUCGCAGUCCUCCCGCGUCCCUUCCAAAACGUGCAGCUGCCUUAGCUUUCAUCAACUGUCUCAGUAAUGUGUGUCAGAUUUACGCGCCUUACCUUUACCUCGACUCAGGCGCUCCUCGUUAUACAACCGCUUUCAGCGUAAACAUCGGAAUGAGUUCUACGACGAUUAUAUUUUCCACCAUUCUUCGCAUCUAUCUUGGAAGCUUGAAUAAGAAACUUGACCAGGAAGAGGGUAUUGAUUUGGGGACGGAUGCUCAUGAUAAUGAAGAGCAUGGCUUGCCUGGAUUGCUAUAG